AGCAAAUAAUAGCCAUUUCCUUGCUUUUCUACUUGUUACCCGCCUUUUUGAAGUUUGGAGUUAGAAGCCGUUAGUGCUUAUAUAAAGCGUUAAUUCGAGCAAGCAGUGCCUACUUGCAAGUUCCUAUCGUUUCCUCUUUCGCGCUCCGACGCUCUCAAAGCUGCCAUGUCCAUUUUCUCGUAGCCAAACGAAAUCUCAAAUCCCUACCUUCUCUCAAGCUUUUCAUCUUACGAUUCCGUUUCCGCCGAGUUCACUGCGUUUCUCGGAUCUCUGAGGUGUGAAUCAGAAACUUUGGUGACCUUAAGGAAUGGCAGAACAGAACAAGGAAUCCUCAGCUUCAGAUCCAAAGGAGAAAAAAUCAUCGCUAGAUGAUGAAAUUGGAAAUGAAUUUCUUGGCUCCUGGAAAUCCAUGUCAAUGGCAGAUGAUGAUGCAAUGGACUUUAGCUUUGACACUGUUUCUAAAGGCAAGAAGAAGACAUUUGACUUUGAAAAACUGGACAUGAAUUUUAAUCUGGAUGGUGAAUUCGACAAGAUAUCAUCAUUUAAGUUGGACAUGUCAGAUCUUGAUUUUACAUGCCCACCUAAGAAGAAUUCCCAGUCUAAGGAUAAGAAAGGCGAAGUAUCUGGUGCAAAAGCUGGGAAGCAAGAUGGGUUUAAUUUCAGCUUUGAUUUUAAUGAGUUGGAUAGCUUCAAUCUUCAUUCAAGCUUCAUGAAAGAAGAUACUACCUCCAACAGUAGCCCAAAAAAAAAGGGAGUAACUACUGAAGGAAGUGAUAAAGGUGGUAAAAUGCCUAAAACCAAUGAUGAUGAAGGUGCUCAUGCAUCUAAUGAUAGCACGGCUGUGAAAUCCCAUGCAUCAGAGAGGCUGGAAACUUUGAAGGUUGAGACUAUGGUUGGUAUCCCAGGGAAUCUAGUUUCCAAACAGGAUGGUUCUGUUUCCAAAAUUUCAUCCUCUGGGAAUCUUGACAUGCCAAUGGAGAAUCAAACUUUAGAUACAAAUAAACAUAAAAGUACAGAAGAAAUUGAUCAAGAAAGAGACUUACCAGAGAAGACAAAGUUAACAGAAUCAAAAUCUGAGCAGGUUAUCAAUAUGGCAUGUUCUCAGUCAGUAGGUCAGAGUGAUUCAGACCAGCACACUAUCUCAGACCAGCAUACAAAUGUUUUUUCAUCUGGAACAAGAGUCAGUAAUGUUUCAGGAGAUAAACAAGAGGUUAACGAUAAGACAACAUAUCAGUGUAAAAAAAUGUUUUCUUCUGGAACAAGAGAAAUUAAUGUUUCGGGUGACAUACAAGAGGUUAAUGAUAAGGCAACAAACAUGAAAUCUGAUAGUGUAGACUUACAAUUAGUGCAUUCCUCCCCACAUCACAUCACUAAGUCAGAUAGCAGUGUUGGAGAACCAAUUACUCUAGGUAGCAGUACCCAAGAAGUUACUAAUGACCCACAGCCAGAAAAGAGGAAUACAAGUUGUGAAAAUAUUAAUAAAACUGAUGCCUUGAAGAAGAUUUCAUGUGACAAUGGCAACAGAGAAAACAAAAAUACAACUUCAGUGUGUCAUUUGGCUCCCGCAAACAGUAAACCUGUAGUUGAAAAAAUGAUGCUGAUGAAAGAUAAAAAACUCCAAGAUAUGCAGUCAAAUAUGUUCAGCACGCCAGAGGGCAAAAGGUCUUUAAAACAACCUUCAUCAACAGUUGGGACAAAGGGUUGCUCCCUUGGCAACAAAAAAAAUGCUGAAAUGCUCCUCGGACCCAUCACUCAAGCACGGGAGAACUUCAGGUCAAAUGAUACAAGACUUGGAAGCAAAUUGGUAGGUGAUUCCCUCACAUAUUCCAGCAAAUUAACGAGGGAUGCAGCAGCUUUGCUUGGUAGUAAAGAUAAUCUUAUAAGUAGUAGAAAUACCAGGGAGGGCAAUGUUUCUGAUGCUACAACAUGUUCAGGAAAAUUGGCUGGAAAUAAGAAAUCAUUUUCUGAUGAAGUAAAUAAAGGCAAGACCACGUUUCUAGAAAUCGGCAUGUCAACUAAAGAUGUUAGUAUGUCAAGUUCUCAAGUUAAUCCUUCCUGCUUAACAGAGAAGACUGCUAGAAUUACUACCCAGGUAUCUGCAAAUUCUCAACCUGAAGCUUCAGGCAAGGAGUCCUAUCAGAAAUCAAAGAUUGCUUCCAUAGAAGGAAAUAAACUUUCUUCUUUUAAAAAUUGCAAGAUCACUCCUGCUCUUUCAAGCUUAAAAACUUCCAGGAACUUUGGAGCUAACAGGGUUCUAACAACUUUAAACCAAAAAGAAACAAACUCCUUAGUAAGCUCUGGCCAAAGCAUGGACAUACAGGGUAUUACAGCAUCAAAGAAUGACCAUCCUAUUGACAGUGGUGACAAUCAGAAGCCUUCAACCCCAUUCUUGAAGAGGAAAACUACUGAGGCUUCUGAAGCUGAUUUUCAAUCGUUGAGGCCCCUAAAGCGCAUCUCCCAGUCUCCUAGUAAAAGCAGAAAUUCUAAAGAAUCUUCAGAAGAAUUUGUUGGAGAGGUAGAGAGUAUGCCCAACAAUUUACUCUACAAUCAUUCAACCUCUGGACUUACAAGUCCACCAGCAAUUAAAGUGACGGAAGUGGAAAUACCUGAUUCUAUACUCAUGGAAGAUAACAGCAAUGUUGAAAAGGCUGAAGCGUAUAUGAAAGAACUUGAAGAUAUUUGUAACAUGCUGAAAAAGAAGCACGAGGAAGCAAAAGAAUUAUUAAUUCGAGCCAUUGUGAACGACAAUAACUUGCUGAUGCUUAACCAUCCCAUUCAUGAAGAAGAGAUUCGGAAGGUUCAGAAGUUUGCUUCCCAGUUGAUGCCCAAGGGGAUUCAAACUUGAUCGGCUAAGGUCGAAAGGCAACAGGGUGAGAAAUGGGGAUACUCGAUAAGACUAGCCCUUUCCUUUUUCGUAUACGACAUAGCAACACACUCAUUAGGCAACGGAUUGGCACUGGGGAGUUGAAUAAUGUGGUUGGGGAUUGAACACGACGAUUUUCGGCUCUAAUAAGUCCAAGAUGUAUCUAUUUUAGCACAUUUGUCCAAACAGAGUAUUUGUAUUUAGCGUACAAUAAGGACAAUAAAAGCUUUUGACGAUUAGGAAGUGCUCACAUAGAUACAAAAAUAAAUUGCACGACAGACUCAGACGAGUGUUUUUAUGUCCUUGCCUCCUUGGACUUCCACUUGGAUUACUAUAACAUAAAAUAAUGACUUUGGGCACCUGAUGCCUAUAUAUAUGCAUGUUACCUCUUAGCUAGGAUAUAACAAAAUCUGUCUAUCAUUUUUCAAAAUCUUGAAAGGAAAAUGGCGAAACUGAGUUUCUGUUUCUGCACCUUACUCCUGUUGCUUUCAUUCUCCUUGUCCGAGACUCGCCCCCUGAGGAAUCACGAUCCAUUUUCUUCUCAUUUCCCCCCUAGCCCCCUCUUCUUUAGUACUAUCAAGCACUACCUUUAUCCAGAAUCAGAAGGCAGCAGCCUAGCCAAGAAAAGUGUUAAGGUCUCUUACAGCAUUGGGUUCAGAAACAGCAAUGCAACAGGAAGCCAUUACUACCGACCCAGUCGAGUGAGUCCAGGAGGUCCAGAUGCACACCAUCACUUCGAAGCAGUGAAUAAUACGCUAAAUUAAGUCUUAAAAACUACAAAUUUCAGUUAAUUUGGUUCUUGAGAUUUUAAAAUUAUUAUUUUAGUUCUUGAAAUUAAUCACUGCAGUUUUUGUCUUAAUAAUUUUUUUAGGAUUUAUUA